AUGCUCGUUAUGUCUCCUGGGGAACAGGGAGACGAGGCCAUGCUGCCUGUCAUGGCCAGUGAGCUGGCGGCGAGGAGCGAUGCCGAGGGCCGUACGAGGAGCUCUUCUCUUGGUUCGAGCUAUGACCGUGCGGGGGCAGUUUUGAUGAGGAAAGUAGGAGACCCGGAUGGGGAUGCCGUCAGUCCUGAGGACUUGACUGUCGAAGAGAACCACGGGCAAACUCAGGAUCUGUCGCGAACCUCCCGUAUCAAGCGGACUGCCCCAUCGAAGAAACACAAUCAAACUGAAAAAGCGAGCGCUCGAAGGAGACGGUACGCUGUGGGCGCCGUGCUCGCGACAGUGGCUGUUCUUGCGGGACUGUACGGCCUCCGGCGAUAUCGGCAGAUGCGGCCGAUUGCUGACAAGCAGACUCGUACACAGGCGUUCAUUUACCUGAUUGGACGCCGGAACGCCUCUCAUAGGUUGGCAGAAGCUCUUAAAAAGCAUAUUGACGAUGUUGAAGACCGCAUUGAGUACCAAAACUCGCAGCUGCGGUUCCUCAAGGACGACUGGUCCGAUGUAGCCUUCGACGAUGCCAUGGAGGUCAAAGAUGCGCUAGUAGACAUGUUGAAUUUCCUGGUGGAAAGACAGAAGCUCGCCACAGAGCGCGCGAUUGCGUUGACUGUGGCCGAAAAUAUCGCCGCAAAUGACGUUUCCCACGUGGAUGUGAGCUCCGUCGCACAAGCGAUGCGAAUGCGAGCAGUAGAGGAAGGACGGCUUGAUGAAGCUAAACUCCAGGCGCGUGACUUUCGGGCAGGUGCGGACAAGAUAAGGAGACAUUAUGCACCGGGGGUAAUGGAACUGGAGCAGGGUUUGAAGGAUGCCGAAGCCAACGGACAGCCGACUGGGCCACUGCAGCAAGCUUUGUAUGACGCGAAUUCACGUGCGCUCGAAAGAGUAGUGGAUCACUAUCUGGGGCGGGUGGACCGGCUCUUACCGCAUAUGAUGGAGGUUCCUGAAGCAGACAGGAUCCACCUCUACGCAGAGGAAGCCGAGUUACGGCCAACAGCAUAUGUGGUUCAUGCCAAGGAAUCGAUUUCUCAAGCUGGAAGGACAGAUGCGAAGAUGUGA